GACGUGCUCAGCUUAUAGGGGAGGGCAUAGCGACAUCAUCGACUGCAGCCGCGACACCCGACGGUCGACACAUCCACGCGCUCACUGCUUGGGACUGAGAUGUGAGUGGCGCCAGACAGAAGUAGUCAGUCCAGGUGUUAGUCCCAGUUUACAGCGUGCACCGUAUACACGUGCAUCUGUUCUUGAAGACACCAGUGUAAAACUCUGUUCACCACGUGUCUGUGUUUUGGAUUUUCUACCUCGAUGUACAUCUCGUAGAUUGGUGCUGAGAGAACCAGUAAGUCAGCAUGGACUGUGAGGCGAUACAGAAGGCGAGUUCGAACCUGACCCGCACCAUGGGUAUCCAGCCCACCAUCCAGAUGUGGCAGGCACUGCUGGCCAUCCUCGGGACCGGCUUCUUCGCGGCGCUCAUGGCGAGUCUGUUCGGCCUGAUUAGGAAGCACAUCUACAACGACGUGAACAAUCUUGACACGGCGUUUGACGCUGGGGGGACGGUGAACGCCGGACUGACAGCCACAACGAUCGUCUCCCAGUGGACGUGGGCCGCCACACUGCUGCAGUCGUCCACAGUCGCCAGUAAAUAUGGCAUCAGUGGACCCUUCUGGUACGCGGCAGGGGCGACAAUCCAGAUCCUGUUGUUCGCCACCCUGUCCGUGCAGCUGAAGAUACGGGCACCUGGCGCCAAGACUUUUCUCCAGGUGAUCAGGGCGCGCUUCGGCAGGACGACUCACAAGGUGUUCUGCGCCUUCGCCCUAACCACCAACAUCAUCGUCACCGCCAUGCUCAUGCUCGGUGGCGCUGCCGUCAUCACGAGUCUGGUUAAGGACAUCAGUCUGGAGUACGCCACGACGCUGGUGGCCAUCACCAUCGGCGGUUACACCUUCAUCGGCGGCCUCGGGGCGACGUUCUACGUCAGUUACUUCAACACCGCCAUCAUCUACGUCGUUAUGAUCAUCUUCCUCCUCAAGGUGUACGGGGACGACUCCCCCGACAACCCACUCGGGUCUAUACAGAAGGUGUACACCCUGCUGUCCUGUAGUACGGACGGCCCUGAGGGGAACACGGACGGGAGCUACCUGACCCUCGUCUCCAACCCCGGACUAAUGUUCGGCCUCAUCAACAUCGUGGGUAACUUCGGCACAGUGUUCGUGGACCAGUCCUACUGGCAGAGCAGUGUCGCUGCCAAACCCAAACAAGGAGUGGUGGGUUUCCUGUGUGGCGGCAUCGCCUGGUUUGCCGUCCCCUUCUGCCUCGCCACAACCAUGGGGCUGGCUUACAUAGCCCUCAGCACCAGCCAGGGAGGACCACUCCUCACCGCGGAUGACGUCGACGCCGGCCUUGUUCCACCCGUGGUGGCCCAGAAGCUGUUCGGACGCCAGGGGGAGAUCUUGAUGCUACUGAUGGUGUUGAUGGCCAUCACGUCCACAGGGUCGUCCGAGGUCAUGGCGGUCACUUCCAUCAUGGUAUAUGACAUAUACGGCCUGUAUCUGAAGCCCUACAGACUGAUGACAGACACCAACAGCUGCAUCUUGUGCGGGAAGGGGCGUGGUCGGAUGGCGAACCCCAGGGACAAGUGCGUGUGUGAGAGCAUGACGUACUGCACAGCCUGUCAUAGUGACGACAAAGCUCGGGAGGUUUGUCGGCGCGCCAUCAAGCCGGAGUACAAGUGCACUGUCCACGGCUCCUACCGGGUGUACAACGAUCUGCUGCUGCGUCUCAAGAGUUGGUGCCUCGUGUGGACAACCUUCAGCAUUCUGCCUCUCACAGUCAUCCUCUCUCUCAUGCAGCUCAGCUUGGGCUGGGUCUACCUGUUUAUGGGGAUUCUGAUUGGCUCAGCCGUAAUUCCAAUCACGUUAUCCAUGUUCUGGGAGCGACUGACGUCAGCCGCAAUGAUGGCAGGGAGCAUUGGCGGAGCAAUCAUCGCCAUCGUCGUCUGGUUGAGCGUCGCCUCGACCUACCCUGGUGGCCUCGAUGACUUUCUCAUUAACACAGGACAGGAGUUGUCGAUGCUGUGUGGAAACCUAACUGCCAUCUUAUCAGGGGGGAUGAUCACAAUAGUAGUCAGCUUAGUAACCAAUCGCAGCCAAGAUCCAAGCAAAUCUCGCGAGAUUUGGGAGCAGACACGUGACGUAGACAACCCUCUCUGCCCCUGGACAGAGAAAUAUGCGCAAGACCUGUGCCUGACCGGGGCGCACCAGCUGGACAACCGUCCGUCGCUGCAGGAGGUGGAGAAGACGUUCAAGAAGGCGAAGUACUUCGCUAACAUCGGUUCCGUGGUGUUCUCUCUUCUCCUGGUGGUUGUGUGGCCAUGCAUCAUGAUCGCUGUCGAUAUCAUGUCGUACGACCAGUUCUUCGGCUGGGCCAUGUUGUCGGAGGUGUGGGCGUUUGCGGCCAUGGUGAUCAUCAUCUUGUUUCCCGCCGUCAACGAAGCCUACGACAUCUACCAGGCCUUCUACCAGAAACAGAAGGUGGUACCCGUGUCCAGCCUACCGAAAACAUCGGCAAGUCUCAAACAUGCCUCAGCCAAACCAGAAACAGGAAUCUCACUCACACAAAGCUCCAUAUCUAACGGAAAGGACCACGGCGACGCAAUGACAGACACACUGGCGACAAUAACGGAAACUGGUGGUCACGUGGGAGAUGAGGCUGAACCAAUGGGAGACGCCGUAGUAGAAGGAGACAUGGAUUCAUCCAACCCUCGCUGUCCAGAGUUUUGAGUUUCUGAUAAUUUCAAUAGUAAAACACGUUCUCUGUACAUAUAACCGAAGUCAUGUCACAAACAGAUCGAUGGGGGUGAGAUGCCAUGGGGUUGAAUGUCGCGUCCAAGAUCAUCGCACUUAUGGAGUGACGUGCAUGCACGUGUGUGUGGCUGUUUGUACUAUCCCUGACUGAUAGAGACGCCAUCCCGCAGUUUACCCCACUCAGACACAGUUUACUGACUCAGGACGACCAUUCCUUGUUUUAGCUAUUCAGUGCGAGCUCCAGUUAAGGUAACAACAAGUAGCAUCUUUUAACGUGUUUUGGUAUGACGCGACCGGGGAUCGAACAUCGGACCUUCCGCUCUUCGGGCGGAUGCUUGACCAAUAGACCACGGCGGUGCUCAGAUCGAUGGAGUAUAUGAUGACAUAUAACCAAAGUUAUGUGGCACACAGAUCUUGUAACAUUGUGUUAAUGAUAACGAACAUCCACAUAUAGACUGACCCCUGAUGUGCGUGUUUAUCCUCAAGAGCGUACUUGGGCCUUCGCUGACAGUUAGAACAAGGCUAUAUAAAAGUGUUACCUAGGCCUUCCCUGACAGUUGAUACAAGGGUAUAUCAAGGUGUACCUAGGCCUUCUCUGACAGUUGAUACAAGGGUAUAUCAAGGUGUACCUAGACCUUCCCUGACAGUUGAUACAAGGGUAUAUCAAGGUGUACCUGGUCCCUUCCCUGACAGUUGAUACAAGGGUAUAUUAAGGUGUACCUGGUCCCUUCCCUGACAGUUGAUACAAGGGUUUAUUAAGGUGUACCUUGGCCUUCCUUGACAGUUGAUACAAAGGUAUAUCAAGGUGUACCUAGGCCUUCCCUGACUGUUGAUACAGGGUAUAUCAAGGUGUACCUAGGCCUUCCCUGACAAUUGAUACAAGGGUAUAUCAAAGUGUACCUAGGCCUUCCUUGACAGUUGAUACAAGGGUAUAUCAAGGGGUACCUUUGCAUUCUAUGACAGUUGAUACAAGGGUAUAUCAAGGUGUACCUAGGCCUUCCCUGACAGUUGAUACAAGGGUAUAUCGAGGUGUACCUUGACCUUCUCUGACAGUUGAUACAAGGGUAUAUCAAGGUGUACCUUGACCUUCUCUGACAGUUGAUACAAGGGUAUAUCAAGGUGUACCUAGGCCUUCCCUGGCAGUUGAUAACAGGGUAUAUCAAGGUGUACCUUGACCUUCUCUGACAGUUGAUACAAGGGUAUAUCAAGGUGUACCUUGACCUUCUAUGACAGUUGAUACAAGGGUAUAUCAAGGUGUACCUAGGCCUUCCCUGACAGUUGAUACAAGGGUAUAUCAAGGUGUACCUUGACCUUCUCUGACAGUUGAUACAAGGGUAUAUCAAGGUGUGCAUGGGCCUUCUCUGACAGUUGAUACAAGGGUAUAUCAAGGUGUACCUUGACCUUCUCUGACAGUUGAUACAAGGGUAUAUCAAGGUGUACCUUGACCUUCCCUGACAGUUGAUACAAGGGUAUAUCAAGGUGUACCUAGGUCUUCUCUGGCAGUUAAUACAAGGAUAUAUCAAGAUGUACCAAGACCUUCUCUGACAGUUGA